CGGAGGUGGACGACGCUUGUACGCAUGUGCGCAAGCAGCGGUGUGUGAUGUGAAAAGAGAGGUAAACAUUUAGCGUGUUAAAACGAAACAAGAUGGAUGCACAAAAAGAUGUGCAACCGCCCAAACAGCAGCCUAUGAUCUACAUAUGUGGAGAAUGUCACACAGAAAAUGAAAUUAAGGCCCGUGAUCCAAUCCGAUGCAGAGAGUGUGGUUACAGGAUCAUGUACAAGAAGAGAACCAAGAGAUUGGUUGUCUUUGAUGCCCGAUGAAGAAGAGGAGAGCAACCAUUUAGAUUUCUUUUGUGUACUAUUUUUGUAGUGUAAAUAAAUUGGUUGACAAGGCCAUAUAUUUUGACUUCCAGGUCUGAAUUAUGGUUGAAGCUCAACAUUUCACUUUGA